ACGUGUUGAUAUGACGCAAGGAAAGUUACAUGGGAUGAAAAGCCAUGAUUUUCAUGUUUUCAUGGAAACUUUACUCCCCAUUGCAUUUAGUGGCUUGCCUACCCGAAUCUGGAAGCCUAUGACAGAAAUUAGUUUGUUCUUUAAAGACUUGUGUUCCAGCAUGUUGAGGGUAGGCAACCUGGAUCGGAUGCAUCAGAAUAUUCCUGUAAUAACAAGUAAGUUGGAGAAAAUUCUUCCACCGGAGUUCUUCGAUGUGAUGGAACAUCUUCCAAUUCACCUUGCGGAGGAAGCCCGACUCGGAGGCCCAGUUCAUUGUCGUUGGAUGUAUCCCUUCGAGAGAACUAUUAGCAAGUCUAAACGGGGUAUUAAGCAGAAACAUAGAGUUGAAGGCUCAAUUUGCGAAGCCUAUCUUGCUAAGGAAACAACUCAUUUCUGUUCUUACUACUUUGGGGAUGCUGUGCCAUGCUUGCGAAACAGACCCAAUCGACAUUUUGAAGGAGGUGAGAAUGAUGCUUUAGCGAAGCAGAUAUCAAUCUUCAAUCGACCGGGUUCGGGUUCAAAAAAACGUACAAGAGAAUUUAAUGAUAUGGAGUCUAAAUCUACAUCGAUACAUGUCUUGCUGAAUUGCCCGGAAGUUCAACGAUAUUAUGAAUACCUCAACGAGGACAUUCUUCGAGCCAUUUCGACAUGUAAGAGAUCUGAGGUAUAAACAUGAUUGUUUACUGGGUUUUUUUUUUGGUCAAAAGGAAUUUUCAGACUGCUUUAUUAUGCUUUUAUUGUAUUUUUCUAUGACUUUUUAUAAUGCUUUGAUUUGCUUGGGGGUAGGGGUAAGGUCUGCAUACA